UUCGUCCACCGCCUGGAUUCCUCAACAGCAGAGGUUUUGUUUGUUUAGUGUUAUCGUUUAUCUCUAAAUCAUUUGCACGUAGUUCGUUAAGGUAUCGAAGGUCUUUCCUCGUCCAAAACGUUGUCACUGUGGCCAAAUGAGGAACCACAGAAUCCGCAUGUGUUGCUGUGGCUCUCAGAGUUGACAAGGCCUUAUCAGACACCUCCUCACUAAUGGAGAACAAGAGCUAUGAGAGGUGGAAGUCCAGGAUCCCGGAGUAUAUCCGCAGUGGUCACUCUGGAACUCCCAGUUGCAGGACUGUUGAAAGGACAAGGCCUGCAAAAGUCCAGGAGACCAAGGACUCAGACAAAGAAAGUAGUGGCUGCAAAAAGACAGUCACAUUGGCACCUGUUUCCAGGUAUAUGACGAAUAAAAGCCUCUAUACCAUGAGAAAACCACUGAUCUCCACACAAUAUCAGAUGCCCAUCCUAAAGAACUCCUCCACACAUGAAGACUCAGAGAAGAUCAGUUACAAAGCAGAUUCCUCUCAAGAAAAGGACAGAGGUCUACCCGCGCAACCAUUCAGAAGUAAUAAAGAAGUUUCUACAUGUUAUAAAUCCUCUCCACCAUUAUCAAAAGAUGACCUUGAUUCUUCCAUGAACAUAUCAGACCUCAAAGGGUGGUCAUGUGACGAGGAUCCUAUUUUUAACACUUCAGCUGCCAAACGCAGUCUUUCCAGUCCGCCCUCUGCUUCUCUGAGCCUCACAGCACCCCCAGUGCCUAAGUGGACGUCCAGUCCUAGAAGCACUUCAUGCAUGUCCAACCAUGUAUCUCAUUUGAAGACAAAUGGAGGAACUAGAACAAGUGAGAUUAUGGAUAGAGGAAGAGAAUCUCUUAUUAACACCGGAUCUUCUCAGUAUUACAAUAAGAAUCAUCCUCAUGGGUUCAAACACAUGUCAGCCUACCAGGCCAACUAUUGGGCCUGUGCCAUCCCCAACUCUAUGCCACCCUCUCCAAAUCGUAAAUCCCCAAGCUGGGACCCUGACAAGGAAUACCAAGAGCUCCUAGACUACACGUACCCUCUGAAACCCAACAUGACUAGCACAUGGAGAUCAUCAGUGGUGGAUCAUCACUUGAGAACUGAUCCGCUGUUACAAGACUCGGGCAUAGAGUUGGACCGCUUUUGCAGCUCUUCCAGCUUGUCUUGCUUGGAUCUGUCCUAUACAGGGACUCGGCAGGGGCGACAUAGCCCAAGAACAAGCCAAAAGCUUGAAUUUCGACCUCUAAACCAAUCACAUUCAAAGUCCUCAGAUGGCAUCCUGUCCAGUAGUCUAUACUCCUCAAUUGACAAAGUUGGGUUGUCCUUUGAAAACCUUGACUGUGAUGCAAAGUCAAGGGGUCACUAUCGUAAAUGGGGUGUCUUUUCGACAUAUGGAUCAGCCUCUGCUUUUAUUAGAUCAACACGCAUCCUUCCCCGUCCUGAUUUGCAGGAUGAUUUAGACGAAGAGUUUCUUCGACUACCAGAUCAGCUACAGGAACUUCAGGUGCUUUCACAGCAGCUAAGGGACAUUAGUGACCAGAUGAGCCAACCGGUCAUCACUAGCUGGGAAUCUCUGGAGAGCCAGAUGACCUCCGUCAGAUCACCAAUGGUUCAAGUGAGAAUGCAGGAACCAUUGUUGGAAAAAAAGUGUGAUGAAAAUCCUAAAUCCCAGAGAGAAUCUGUUCCUGAUGUUCCUCUCACACACCAGGACCAUUUAGAGAAAACAGAGGAGCCUCCUACCAGAAUCCAGAUGAUUAGCCAAGACGUCAAUAGGCGGAACUUGAGGGAAGUGGAAGCUAUUAUGGAUCAGCUGAGGGGAUUGUCAGUGUCUGAGCUUCAGGGGACAAUGCAAACAGAUGAAAAUGAGACCAAAGAGUCACUAAUGCAGCACAUACAGGCAUUUUGCUCAAACCUAGAAAUGCUGAUUCAAUGGCUGCACAAGGUAGUAGAGAAAGUAGAGCUGCUUUCUCCACCCACGGUUGAUCUGGAGAGUGUUAAAUCAUCCUUGGCUGAUUACAAGAGUUUUCAGGAGGAAGUUCAAGCUCAUAAGCCCCUCACAGCAGAUGUUCUGCAGACUGGAGAGAUGCUUUUGCAUUGUAUGAAUUCAGCCUCUCCAUUUCUAAAAGACACACUGAUGCUGAUUGAGCGCCAGUCUCACACACUGGAAAUCCACUCAGAGUAUCUUUUCUCCUCUAUUCUGUCUGCCAUGGACUGCCUCACUGAUCCCACAUCUGAGGAAUCGUCAGAAGUGAUUUCCUGAGAAUCACCAGGAUUCUGGGAAUGUGAAGGCCCGGUCCGCUUACUGUCCUCACUACUUGACUCACGCAGCAGUUAUCUUUGUUUUAUACGGUUAUCACGUUUACUGUCCAGAAGUGGUGUUUUUUUGCUGAUCACAAGCUUGUGUUAUCUGUCGCAACAUACUUUCACUUUACACUUUAAAUACCGGCUUGUGAUUGUUUAACGUAUUACUAUAAAUAUUUGUGUCGUAUCGUCAAAAUUGUCCUGAGAUGAUCUAAUUUAUUAAUACUGUUCAGCUCUGCAGAAGAGGUGCACAGACAUGGUGCCAAUCGUGAGCGUGAUCUCAGGUUAUUAGCCAUUAAGUUUUAAUGGAGACCAGUGCAGCCUCCAUUAGCAUCUCUGCAGCUUUAGUUCCCCUUCUGUGCCUCAAACGUAUAUUGUAUUUUCAGACUGAUCAAUAAUGUGAUUCAUGUUUUCUUAGCUGAAAAUACAAGUUAUUUAUCUUACACAAUGUCCUAUUGUGUAAGAGGGAAAUUUCAUCUAAAAAUGUAAUUCCUGUCAUCAUUUACUUACCCUAAUUUUCCAACAGUAUGCUUUUCUUCUCUUUGCACCAAAGAACACAUUUUGAAAAAUAUCUGGCAACCAAGUUAAAGGUUACCAAUGUUUUUCAGUUUCUGUUUUUUAUUCCAAAGAAAGGAAAUCAUGCCUGUUUAAAAUAUUAGAAGAUAAAUAAACGUUGACAUAUAUUUAAGGCUGAACUAUCCCUUUGGUUUAAAAAAUAAAAACUCUACAAUAUUGAAAUAACUUUUACUGCACUGUUAUAAAUGCUGGGUUCUACCUUCAUGUUGUCCCAACACAAAUCAAUUAAGAUUUAAUAUUAAUUAAAUCUAUUAGGUUGUAAGUCAUUUUUACAAAUUUAAGUGGACUAAACAUUAAACAAUUAAAGUUGCCCCAAAAGAAAUGUAAGAAUUGUGUUGUUUCAACUCAUCCUAAAUAAGUAUCUUCAGAUCGCGCUGCGAAAAAGGUGAUUUUUCUCAAUUUUUCUUUGUAUUUUUAAUUACAAAUCUCUAUAGACUCUUAAUUCAAGAUACAUUUACUUGGGAAGUCAAUAAGUUGAUACAUAAUUAAAUUCAUUUGCAUAUUCUAUUGACAUUUGUAAUUGUUUUAAAUGUAAAAUGAAAUUAACAUUCUUAAUGAAGUCUCUCAAAAAACAAAACUUAAUUUCUUCAUUUUGCAUCUCAAAUUAAUCUUGAUUUAAUAAUGUUUAUAUAUUUGUAUUGACAUUUUUAAAUAGUUCUUUGCAAUCAAGUUUUAAUGCUAGAUUCAAAACUUCUAACUACUUUAUAUGGCCCUAAAUUGUGGAAGGCCAAAUUAAAGGGGCACUAAGUAAAAUUUGCCAACAAUGUCGAAAAUUGAAAGCACCAAAACAAACAUCUGCUACCCAACAUGACAUCACCCAUUUUUAAAAAUCUCUGCUAUAGUUAGACACGCCCUUUACUGCUGAUUGGCCCUAAGUAUGUUUCAACACCAGCAUUUUUCAGAUAAUGCUUAGAGCACCUUUAAGUCUCAUUAGGAAAUACCAUCAGUAUGUUACUAUUAUUUAGAGAUCUGACAAAGUAAGAACUGAAAUGUACACAAUGCGAAUCAUUUAAGCUGGAUGAUUUCGACAUCAAUUAAACAAAAACCUUGAGGCAGAAUGUUUUGGAGAUGUUAAGCUGCAGAGAUCAUGUCUACAUGCACAGACUGAUGCGUAACUGUUUUUGCAUUGACAUGUCCUUUUUAACAAUA